AUGGAAGAAGCUGUUCCGCUGAACAAAAACAGUCCCAGACAGCAUAGGACAAGGAUGUCAUUUUCUAUAGUGAUAUCAGCUUUAGCCUCAUUCAUAUCUGCGGCAUCAUGUUUAGUCUUCAGUGUUCUGUUUAACAGAGCUAUGAGUGGAUUUUCAAGACAAAUAAAUGCAUUUGUGAAAGUUGGAGAUUUCGGUUCAAUAUACUUACAAGUAGUAGUUUUCAUUAUAGUUCUAGUAUUCAUUAGCUACUUAUUCGUUUCAUAUCUAAGCUCAGCUAAAGUUAUUGAAAAAACUUCUUGUCUUGGCACUUUUUGUAUGCUCUUACUGUCAAGCUUCUCAUCUCAAGCUUUUAUGCUUUGCUGGGUCCUACUAUCCUGUUUUGUGUCUGCCGUGACUAUAGUAUACUUCAUCUUCAUUGGAGGAAUUUACUCAUUCUGUAGUCUCCUGGAUCAACAAUGUUUUGACUUCAAGGUUCUCAUACCAGCCAUUGUCAACCGCAUCAGUAAUAAAAAGAUUGAUCUCGUGUUCUGUGAAGAGAAGAAAGAGCUCUUGUGCUCAGCAGAUAAUAACCAGAUUUGGAACUUCAUUAUAGCAUUCAUUUGUUGUUUAAUCACAUUUUUCGGACUGAUGCUAAUUCAGAACUGUAUCCUGUUCGGAAUAGGAAAGAAGAGCGGGAAAUCAUCAGCACAAGCAAGACUGAAAGAAGAAAUUGAAUUGAAAGGACUCUAG